AUGCUCGCUGAACCAAGUUGUCUUUGGAGAAUUGGUUUAUCUAGUCGUGUUAUACCGAUUGGAACAUUUCCAAGCACAAUUUUAGCUCUUGAGUAUUUAUACGGAGCUGUUUGCCCAAUACGAAAUUUACCAACACGAGAAAAUACUAUUCAAUCAUUUGAUUUAGCACAUAUUGCUUAUGAUGAAAAAUAUUUGAUCAUUCACAUUGAAUAUAUAGCACAUUUAAAUUAUAAAGUAUGUGGAUAUGAUGGACAAAUACGAAAUGUUAAAUUAACAUUAGAUCCACGUACAGAUGAAGAACGUCAAGCAAAAAUAAAUACGAUUAUAACACCAAUACCUUAUGGUUCAUAUGAUAGAGCAGAUCAAGAAAAUGUUAUUUGCCGUUUUAUUCAUACAUAUUUUGUACCUUUAUUACCAUCUAUACAUUGUCCACAUGUUGGUCCAACUGGAGGAGAAGCAUGUACUGAUAAAACAAUCGACUUCUAG